AUGUCAGAGGAUACGCAAUCGAUCAGUGGGGUCUCUGAAACCCUCACAUCUACCGAAUCUACAGCAAGAAGCACUCUAUCAAAGCAGCGGUCAAGGACUUCAUGGGUUUGGCAGCAUAUGGAAGGUGGUCCAGAUGCAGUCUUGUUGGUUAACGGCGAGCUGUAUUGGCGAUGCCUACACUGCUUAGUGAGCUACAAGCAUUCAGGAGGCACUCGAUCAAUAGCAGCACACCUUACAAAGGCGCAUAACAAGAGGAAUACAAAGGUCCAACAGCAUGAGGUUGUCAAAGGCAGGAUUGAAGCUGCAUUUGCCAGAGCUGCUAUCAAUCCCUACAAACGGAAAUGA